CUCGCCUGCAGCAGGUGGCGCCUCGUGGCAUCCCAAAGCUGCCGCCUCAGCCCUGCCACCUACCAGCAGCCCGGAGUAGCAGACUCUGAUUGAGAUAGUCACUCUUCCCAUCAUGACAGCUUUGAACCAAAGCAGCUUUGAUCCCAUCACGUUUGUCCUGACGGGCAUCCCAGGCAUGGAAGAAUCGCACAUCUGGAUUUCCGUCCCCUUUUGCGUGAUGUACGUGAUUGCGCUCCUUGGGAACUCCUUCCUCUUGCUUCUCAUCCUGACGGACCGCAGCCUCCACCAACCCAUGUGUCUCUUCCUGGCCAUGCUGUCGGUAGCCGAUCUCAUCCUGUCCACAGCUACGGUGCCCAAAAUGCUGUCCAUCUUCUGGUUUGGUUCCAGGAGGAUCUCCUUUGAUGGCUGCAUCGCCCAGAUGUUCUUCACCCACUUCAGCUUCAUUGCAGAGUCAACCAUCCUGCUGGCCAUGGCGUUUGACCGGUACGUUGCCGUUUGUGACCCUCUGCGCUACAUGACCAUCCUGACUCCCUCAGUGAUUGGGAAGGUGGUGGUGGCAGCCGUUGCACGGGGGCUCUGCAUCAUGCUCCCACCCAUCUUCCUGCUCAAGAGGCUCCCCUACUGUGGCCACAGCACCAUGCCCCACACCUACUGCGAGCACAUGGGCAUCGCCCGGCUGGCGUGCGCGGACAUCACGGUCAACAUCUGGUACGGCUUCACCACAAACCUCCUCUCCUCAGGCAUAGACAUCGUGCUGAUCGCUUUCUCCUACGCCAUGAUCCUCCGGGCCGUCUUCCGGCUGCCGUCCACGGAAGCCCGCCUCAAGGCCCUGCGCACUUGUGGCUCCCACCUCUGCGUCAUCCUGCUCUUCUACGCGCCAGCCUUCUUCUCCUUCCUCACCCACCGCUUUGGCCAGAACAUCCCCAGCUGCAUCCACAUCCUGCUGGCCAACCUCUACGUGAUCAUGCCCCCCGCCCUCAACCCCAUCGUCUAUGGCGUCAGAACGAAGCAGAUCCGGGAGCGAGUCCUCCACGUGUUUUCGCAGACGAGGAGAAUCUGCUGCUUUAAAUGAAUGCCCGGCUGCCUUGCUCUCCCGGAGCCUUGAUGGGUGGCUGCCUGUGGGGGUGAAGCCCUUCUUCUGACGGGAACCCCAAGGAAGCAGAACCCCUCAGGGGUGAGCAGACGUUGGGGCACAUGGGCUAGCCGGGUCUCCAGGCUGACAUUUCUGUUGCUCGUACGUGAACGACGCCAGGGGCCCAACUCUCCCUCCAGCUCUGUGAAGGCCUGCUGGGUGGAUUGGGCUCUUCUGCCUUCUUGGGACUGGCAGGGGGAUCUACCAGGGUUCAGAGUUGGUGCGGCCAGAUGGCUUAUUCUGCCUGCACGCCAUAGGCGGCCUGACCCAGGGUGCGUCUGAGGGCAGGCUGCCUCGGGUCUCCUGCCGCCUGCGGUUGGGUCACUUCCACCCUGGCAGGGGCCCGUCUGGCUGGCAUCGUUUUGCCUCUCCAAGACGAGGGCGGGUGUGAGUCAAGCAGUCAUAUUUCUGGGUGCUGCCCAAGCCCCAGCAACCCCCGUCACCUGGAUCCCAGAGGUGCAACCAGCUGGCCGAUUUAGCAUCUGCAGAACUAUGAGAUGUUUAUGGGCCAGGGUGGA